CUCGGAAUUGAAUGAAUUGAUGGGUACACUCCAACUGCUGGGCUGCAGAGACUGAACUUGGUCUUUCCAUUCCUGCUUCUUUCAAAGAAGAGACAAGUUGGGAUUCCUUCUAAUUUAGCUUUUCUCCCUCUCCCUCACCCCCUCCCAACCUUUCCCUUGGUCCCCCACUUCUCUAUCACCACCUUCCUUUGGGAAAAGAAGGAGCCUGGGGAAGCAGAGUGCACAGGAGCCUGACGGAGGAGGCAGAGAAGAUGGGACUCCUCAGCGUAGACUUGCUGAUCACCCUGCAGAUCCUGCCAGUCUUUUUCUCCAACUGCCUCUUCCUGGCGCUCUAUGACUCGGUCAUUCUGCUCAAGCACGUGGCGCUGCUUCUGAGCCGCUCCAAGUCCACUCGCGGAGAGUGGAGGCGCAUGCUGACCUCAGAAGGGCUACGCUGCGUCUGGAACAGUUUCCUUCUCGAUGCCUACAAACAGGUUAAACUGGGUGAAGAUGCUCCCAAUUCCAGUGUGGUGCACGUGUCCAAUCCUGAAGCAGGUAACAAUUACGCCUCUGAGCAGACCAUUGAUGGGGCUGAAUGCCACCUUCUUGACUUCGCCAGUCCAGAGCGCCCACUGGUGGUCAACUUUGGUUCAGCCACCUGACCACCUUUCACUAGGCAACUGCCAGCCUUCCGCCAGCUGGUGGAAGAGUUCUCCUCGGUGGCUGACUUCCUGUUGGUAUACAUUGAUGAGGCUCACCCUUCAGAUGGCUGGGCAGUGCCUGGGGACUCCUCUCUGUCUUUUGAGGUUAAGAAGCACCGGAACCAAGAGGACCGAUGCGCAGCAGCCCACCAGCUCCUGGAGCGUUUCUCCUUGCCCUCCCAGUGUCAAGUUGUGGCUGACCGCAUGGACAACAAUGCCAACGUAGCUUACGGGGUAGCCUUUGAACGUGUGUGCAUCGUGCAGAGACGGAAAAUUGCUUACUUAGGAGGGAAGGGCCCCUUCAGCUAUAACCUACAAGAAGUCCGAAGUUGGCUGGAGAAGAAUUUCAACAAGAGAUGAAUUCCAGAUUAGCUGGAUAAGAGCGUGAUUGUAAUAGAGUUUAUUAUUUUAAAAAAAAUAUGUAAAAGAAGUUGAGAACUGAACUGAAUCUAUUAUUUCAACUGAAUCCCAUUGCCUCACCGAGAGACGGGGACAUACCUGUCAGAAGAUCUUGAACAUCUUUAACAUCUCAAUACUUCCUUUAGUACACAAAUGACAUCUGGCUAAAUAGCAGCCCUGUUACCUCCCUUCUGAGCGAAUUGAUCCAAACUGGAGUGCAAGAAACCCUGUUGCAGCCUGUGUUCAUCAUUCUUGCUUGCGGAAAGAAGUGAUUCUGUCCUGUGUGUACUCUGGGACCAGAGGACAAAAGUUCCCAGAAUACUUAUUGUUAAGGGAGCUACUACCUAUGACCUGGUUAUGUGUAUUGUCUCAGCUUUAGUCACCAGAAACAAACCCAACUGGGAAGUCCCCCAAAUACGUACUUAUGAUGUGAUCUUGAAGCCAUGCCAUGCACUUAGGACUGAAGAGUUAGUUCUAGCCACGAAAUGUCCUGCGUUAGUCUCUGUAGCCCCGAAUUCCCACGUACGACAAGCAAAGACAGAGGAAGCAGAAAGAUGAGGAAAUCGCAUAGUGUUUUACCUGGAAGCUGUAGGUAAUGAGUGUUGUUCAACUGCAUAUCAGCAUUGAGGCAUGUACACAGCUGGGAAAACAAAGGUGUUAACUAAAAAAUAGCACUGGCAGGAUGCACAUGGAAAGGAGAUGGGUAGUGAUACUCCUACACUGAAAGGAAAGUGGGCCAGGAAAAAGAUAAAGACAGGUGAACAUUUUUAAUGUGGAGAGAAGAAGUACUUUAUGGGACUAAUUGUGAUCUACCCAUUUUAGUGGGUAAUACCCAUUCAGAGAAAAAUCCAGGGGGUCUGAUGCUGAUGUGUUGUUCCUGCCAAAUUCACAAUGCUACAUCUCCCUCCAUUUCUAACUUCUACAGCAUAGUUUUCUCUGGGUCCUGAGUGAAGAGUGUAAGUCGCAGGUACCCUAGCCAUUCAGUUUCUGCCCUCUCCUCCAGUAGAAGAACUGUAAAGAUAAGGGGUUUCUUCAGGUAAACAUGAGGGCAAUUUACUCUGAUAAUCUCUACCCAUAGUUUUGAGGGCUUACACAAGCUUAUUCUUGGUACACAGGAAUUUGGUUAAAGGAAAUUUCCCUUGACAUUUGAAUUUGAACUUGGUUCUUUUAUCUUCAACUGGGAUUAACCCAUUAGUUGAAGUUUAAUGGCUGUGUGCAUAACUAUGAUUAUAUCUAUGAAUACACAUCUCCAACACAGCUAUACCUACAAGCAAUACCUAAAGAUCCCAACCUCAAAAAAAACCCACAAAAAUCCCAAAACCAAAACACACCAACAGAUCAACCAAUGCAUUGUAAUUAUUUUUUAAACUCAAAGACGUUAAGAUCUCAACAUAUGGUUAUAGUUACAUGCCAAAUCAAGGGUCUUUAUGUCUACUCUAUUCAAUAAUUAAACCAUAACAUUGAAUUAUUUUGAAAAAGACAAUUGAAAUUUAAAAAUGUGUUAUUAAAAUAUUUGUCCCAAAUGUAGAAAAUAGGAAGUGGGUAUGUAUGAAACAAGAGUAUUGUUUUUAAAAAUGGAAGCAAGAAAUAAGUCAGAUUGCUAGCCCAUAUAUAGUUUAGUCAUGCAAGCAGCAUUGUGGCUAAUAUUUUUGGCAGCAUCUAAGAUCUCCAGUGUUUUAAAUUUUGUAAAAGACAUACCCACAAAGAAACACAGUAAAUUUCCAAAAUGCAACAGUGUCUAAUGAACUUUUGUAAAAUCUUAAUGAAGAUAGUUUACUUCAGAUUCCUCAGACAUUAAGGCCUUCAAUUGAGGCUUAUGAGUGAUCCCUCAUUCAUCUUAAUCCUCAAAAUGGUGUUGAGAUUGAUGCGGCUCCCUAAUGCGGUAAAAUGAAAAUUUGGCUGCCCCACACCCACACCGUCAUCCACAAAUGACCCCUUUCUUUGGUUUCCAUGUGUGAUAGUGAAGCAGAAUGUCAGAGAGUGGGUGGGGGGAUGAGUUUUGGCUAAUGCCAUGCUAGCUGUCUGGGGAAAAGGAAUAAUGGGGAAAAAGUCACCCAGUUGUGCUACAUUUUUAAAGAAAGAUAAGGUUGUGUGUGUAUACCAUUUGCCUGUUGGAGGAUAGGCCAAUGGAGGAAGGAAGACCGAGGAAGCAAAUAUACAAAGAUAGAGGCUAACUGUCAGGGACACAGACAUGUUCAGGAGAGCAUGGCAGAAACACUGGAAGAAAAAACCCUGAAGGGCCCAGGGAGAAAGUGUUUAGCAGAGCUCAGGAAUCUUACACUGUGUAGAGUGGGCUGGUCUCCGGGGUAUGAUAAACCUGUAAUUGUAUAACCUAUUUAUCUCAAUGUAAACUUCUAUGAAUUCCUAUGAUGUGCCUUUUAUAAAAUUAACAAGAAGUCAUUCAU